AUGUCCGAGGAUCCAACUUCAAAAAUCUUUUCUAGUCUGUCAGAGGAUGAACGAAAUAAUCUGGGCCGUCUGGCAUUCGAAGAUCUCCUCUCCGAAUGUGUUCAGGAGCUUGCUUUUGAGAUACACAGGGAAGAAACGAGAAAGAAGGCAGUUUGCCAAGUAUGUCACACAAGAUGUCUUGCAUAUGCUUCCCCUGGUCCUGGUAGUGACAUAUAUGGACUCCCUUUGGGGGAUAAGAAUGCGGUCACGGACAAAUUCAAAUGUUAUAAGUGCAAUAACUGGUACCCUGCGCAGCGAUAUGCUCCCCAUCUAGAGAAAUGCCUUGGCUUUGGAGGUCGUACCAACUCGCGGUCGUCUAGCCGAAGACCGGGUACUGAGCGUGCGUCGGCAUCCCCGUUUGGGGCGGAUUCCGACACCGAAUCGGGUACCGUGAACGGCGAGAAAAGAGGCGUCAAACGCAAAGAAUCACCUUUGAGAAAAUCACUUGGAAAGAGAAUGAAAUUAUCUGCAACGGACUUCCCUGGCCGCAUUUCAGUGCCAACGCGUGAGCCGGUCAACUCGUCCCCAUUAAGAUCUUCCUCACCAAUUCGUGAGACAUCACCCGAUGUGUCACCGUCCCUAAUUGGUAUGUUUGCGAAUAAAACGAUGCCUACUAUACCGCUUGUAGAGGACUUCAUUGAUAUCGAUGGUGAUGCUGACGCAUUGGGUAGUGAGGAGGAUGAUCUAUCUCAUGACUAG